AUCCAACUAAAGAGAUGGCAGCUGAAUCAUUGCCUUUCUCCUUCGGGACACUGUCAAACUGGGAGCUGGAAGCUUGGUAUGAGGACCUGCAGGAAGUCCUGUCCUCAGAUGAAAAUGGGGGUAACUGCAUCUUACCCCCUGGAAAUGAAGAGGAAGAAUCAAAAACAUUCACCACUCUUGACCCAGCAUCUCUUGCGUGGCUGACUGAGGAGCCAGGACCAGCAGAGGUCACAAGCACCUCUCAGAGCCCUCGGUCUCCAGAUUCCAGUCGGAGCUCCCUUGCUCAGGAAGAAGAGGAAGACCAAAGAAGAACCAGGAAACGGAAACAGAGUGGCCAGUGGCCAGCCCGGGCUGGAAAACAACGUAUGAGAGAAAAAGAACAAGAGAACGAAAGGAAAGUGGCACAGCUAACAGAAGAGAACGAACGGCUCAAGCAGAAAAUUGAGUGCUUGACCAGGGAAGUAGAGGCAACACGCCGAGCUCUGAUUGACCGAAUGGUUAAUCUACACCAAGCAUGAACAACUGGGACCAUCACUUCCCAGCUCUGGCUACUACCUACCUUUCCCAGAAGUAGCUAUUGAUCAUCUUCAUACCAGUGCCAAUUAUGUGACCCUCAAAUGCUUGGAGUAGACAAAAGGAACAGGUCUCAGCUUGUAUAUAGAGAUUGUACACUUAUUUAUUACUGUCCACAUUCAUUAAAGUGACUUUGUGACAUUGUGAA